AUGGCUAGAGUCUCCAAGGAACUUCUCGACACAGCAGCCCCGGAUGCUGGUGAAUGCGCCAACCCCAGUAAAGAGGAAACAAACAACAGAAACCCCGUCUCCUCAGAAAACUCGUCAUAUACAGUAUUCACCUUGUCGGACUUGAGGCGGUUGAGAAUAAUCCUUGGUUUGGGAACAAUCACAUCCCCUCUCACCGCAACCAUAUACCUCCCACUGCUACCACUGUUACGACAUCAGUUCAGUGUUUCCGCUCAGGCUAUCAACCUUACCCUGACAUUGUAUAUCAUCUUCCAAGCGAUCUCCCCAGUAAUAUUUGGUCCCUUUUCAGAUGCCUACGGGAGAAGACCCAUAUUCCUUUUCACACUGGGCCUUUACGUACUUGGGAACAUCGGUCUAGCAGCGAAUAAAGAUAACUAUGCGGUGCUGUUAGUGCUCCGAGCUGUACAAAGCUUAGGCGCGAGUGCGGCUUAUGCCAUAAGUUUCGGUGUGGUUGCUGAUGUGUGCGAGCCAAGUGAAAGAGGCCGGAUGUUAGGCCCGAUCAGCAUGGCACUUAACCUGGGAGCUUGUGUUGGUCCCGUGGUUGGUGGUAUCGUUGCCUAUGCCAACAAUAAUCAUACCUGGGUAUUUUGGUCCCUGGUCAUUGUCGGCAGUGUUUUAUUCCUUGGUGUAGGUCUCUUAUUACCUGAGACUGCGAAGAGGCUGGUAGGCAAUGGUGGCGAUCCAGCUUAG